GAAAUGAAUUGCUAGGAAAAGAGAAGACUGUAGAAAUCUAUUACAUUUUACAGGGACAACAGAAAUAUUUUCGUCGAAGCUAGAGAACAUUCCUUUUUUUGUUUAGGUACUUCACCAUCUUGAAGCUUGCUAUCCACCAGUGUGAUAUAUAUUCCUGAGGUGGAACUGAACACACUGACUUCAAAAUGUCCUUCUCUGGUGGACGGCCACCGUUUGGUGCGCCAGGAACAUACCCACCAGGCAUGCGGCCACAGUAUUCGCAAUUUGGAUCAAUGUCACAAGUGAGGCAAAACGUUAGAAUGUCUGGACUAUUACCAACACCACCAGGGACAGCUGUAUCUGCCAACAACCAGUCUUCAAACAGAUCUUCAUCAGUUGUCAAACCUUUUGUUCCUCCUAAGGAAGAAAAGACUGAAGAUUCAAAUAAACCCAAGACAACUGUCUUUGUGGGGAAUAUUUCUGACCGUGCACCAGAUACACUUAUUAGAGGCUUACUUGGUAGAUGUGGUGCGGUUUUGAGCUGGAAGAGAGUACAAGGAGCAUCAGGAAAACUACAAGCCUUUGGUUUCUGUGAGUAUGGAGACCCAGAUGCAAGUCUUAGAGCUAUCCGUCUACUUCAUGAACUAGAAAUAGGAGAUAAAAAACUUUUGGUUAAAGUUGAUGGCAAAACAAGAACACUUCUUGAUGAAUAUUUACAGAAGAGGGAUGGAGAUCAGGCAUCUGAGCUAGAUGAGUCUACAAUGAGGGAAGAUGCUGAAGUCAGGACUUACAUGCGUAGACUUAUCCAUGAUUACUCUUCACAGCUACAGAGAGCACCAGGCGCACCAGAAGAAAAGCCCUUCCAUGGUGUCCAGAAGCAGAAGCAGACGCAAAAAGAUGAGAAGCAAAAAGCUAAGGAUAAGCUUGAUGACAUGAAUUUAGAGGAAGAGAAGAAAGAUCUCAUAAACCGUGAGAUUGAUCGUUUCAGACAAUCAUAUAAGGAUCAGAGGGAAGCACUAGAACAGAAGGAGACUCCAGAGGAGAAGGAGAAGAGCCGGAGGGAGCGAGAGAAGGAACGAGAGAGGGAUCGGCAGAGGAGAGAACAGAUCAAGGAACGUGAGAGGAGAGACAGGGACAGAGAACGAGACAGACACAGAGAGAGUGAGCGGGAAAGGAUCAGAGAAGAACGAGAACGGGAUGAAAGAGACAGGUAUGAACGCGACAGAAGCAGAGACUACGAUCGAGACUAUGACCGCGAGCGAGGGAGAGAUCGCGAUCGGGAUCGUGAUCGUGACAGAGAUGGAGAUCGAGAUCGUCUUGAAGAAGAAGAAGAUUAUGAGAAGAGGAAACUUGAACGUAAACUCAGAGAAAAAGAGGAAGCAUAUCAAGAGCGUCUCAGGAAUUGGGAAACGAGAGAACGUAAGAAACAGAGAGAGCAUGAGAAGAUGAUUGAAAAAGAAGAAUCUGAACGGACUGAGAUGGAUAAAGAAGGUAAACGUCUCAAAGAAUUCCUUGAAGACUAUGAAGAUGAGAGAGAUGACCCCAAAUAUUACAAGGGUAGUGCCCUAGAGAGACGGCGGAAAGAACGUGAAAAGGAAGAAGACAGCGACAAUCGGGAUAGGAGAAGGGAACGAGAGGAAAUUGAAGAUAUCAAACGAAGACUGAUGGAAGAAGGAGGGGAAGAUCUAGAUGCUGAAAUAGAAAAGUUGGAAAUGGAGCGAGAGAAACACAAGCAACCACAGCUUGACAAACUUUUAACACCGAGGGCGCUACAGAUCAAACAGGAGCAACCACCCACCUUGAAAUCAACAUUUGAACCAGCUGAUGCACCCAUGCCACCAGAGAACAAUCAGGGACCUCGUACUCCAGCUAGUAGCAGUGAUGAUGAUGAUGGUGGAGGAGGCUUUGAAGCCAUCCCUGAUCAUUCCAGCCAAUCAUCAGAAGAUGAUUCAGCAGCUGCUAAAGCUCAGCAGUUAGGAUUUGGACGAAUUAAACUAGUUGAAGCCAUGUCUUCAGACGAGGAAUUUCCGCAACAUAGACUAGAUAGAGAUAACCAAUCAAUGGAGUACAACACUGGUGUCCAAGACUCCCCUCAAGCCAACUCCAAUACAGAGGGUCACCAGAGGCCUUUGGUUACCGCGCAGGUUGGCAGCAAGCGCAAGAAGUUAACAGUAGGAGAUGUAUUCAAUCAGGAGGAAACGGCGGAUGCUGCAGGGAAGAAGAAACGCAAACUGGUCCCUAUUGAGUACUCAGAGGAAGAGAUGAUGGCUGUGGGACAGUCACAAAAGAUAGCUAAUGCAGCAGAAGAGAAGCGAAAGACCAUCAAGAACCUUAUCGAGAAGAUUCCUACAGCCAAAGAAGAACUCUUUGCGUACAAGGUGGACUGGGCAAUAGUAGAUGAGUCUUUGAUGGAUCGUCGUAUCAAACCUUGGAUCAAUAAGAAGAUUGUUGAAUACAUCGGUGAGGAGGAGCCUACUCUGACAGAGUUCAUCUGUUCUAAGCUACUAUUACACAGCAAUGCAGAGAGCAUUCUCAAUGACAUUACCAUGGUGUUGGAUGAAGAAGCAGAAGUCUUUGUGGUCAAGAUGUGGAGAUUGCUUAUAUAUGAGGUAGAGGCCAAGAAACAUGGACUUGUCAAAUGAUAUUCCGUAUUACAUCUGAAAUGUAGUGGACUUUAUACAUCAAAAUCAAUUGCCAAUGGAAUCUCAGAAACACUUAUAUCUCAUAUUGUUGAUUUUUUUUCUUCUCAUUUCUGUUUUUGUUGGAAGUGGACUAAUUCCUUUUUGUUAAAUUCAAGAAUGUCUUUGAGUUUCCAUGGAAAGGAAUUAUAAUUGGAUGACACCAGACUCUACGAAAAGCCAUGAAUAGCCCUGUAACACGCCUGCAUAUGUAGACUUAGCUAACUACCGUAUACUAUAUGAUCAAAUCAGUCGCAGACAUUCCUUAGAAUGAUACUGGAAACAAGGAAUGGUGAGAUGAUGACUCUGCAAUGUGAGGCAAGGAUAUGAUAUACAAAUCAAUUACAUAACAUCUAUUGGUUAUAAAAGUUAAUUCAUCAUGAAGUGGAAUGCGAGAGUCUUCAGCAGAGAGCAUACUUUUAAGAAGAGAUAUCAUGAAUCUCAUAUUUUGUCAUUGCACAAUCAUAGUAGGAAGUCACUAGGAAUCAGCUCAUAUAUGCCUUUAUUAAUGCCACAGUCAUAACAGUGAAACAGACUCAGAUUGACAAAAGCCAUUAUAUCAUACCCAGUGACUUACCAUUACUCAGUAUGAAGUUCGUUUCAUUGGUAUAACUGUAGCAUUACUUGGCAUUCAUCACAGGUCAAUACUGGAAUUUUGUAUUCAAUAUUUUCAGAUCAAAUUGUUUUCUUUUUUUACUUUUUUUUUUCUUCUGGCAGACAGCAGAAGACUGUUAUACCUUGCACUAUUGGGUAGGCUUUGUCUUCAUAUAACUACCGUUUAUCACAUUUAUUCUUUAUAGGUAUCUUAUAUGACAGGAACCAUCUACUGAUUAGGGUAUUGUGUGAAGUUGAAUUGAAUAAAUCUCUGUCAAAUGUAGUGAUUUAUACAAUUUUUUCCAUACAGCAGUCUUCAUGAAUGUUUUUCAAAAUAUUUAUAUGGACGAGUUAUGUACAUUCUAACUAUUGGAAGGAAACCAUUUCCCAUGUAAUGUUGUGAAUGUAUGAAUGAAAUCAUUUGAUAAAGCUGCAUCAUCAACCUGAUCUUAUUACCAUUUUUGGGCAGUUGCAGAAAUAGUCGCAAUCAAAUGCAACCACUCAGAAGUGCUCAUUGGGGACAUGCGUUUGAUGUUUGAAUUGUGUUCAGUUUUUAUUCUUCUAUGGGCCCAAUAUCACUUUGCAAAUCUGACCUCUCCAGUAUUCCAUGUAUCACUGAAUACUUGUAGGUGGACAUUUUGUAUUCCAUUAAUAUUCUUAAUGACGUGAUUCUUUGAAAUAUUUCAUUUAUAUUGUUUUCUUUCGUACUCACUGUAAAGUCUGGAAGGUUUGUCCAUUACUUGACUUGCAUUGUUUUUUUAUAGUUGUAUUCAUCUUGGGAGCGUUUCAUGAAAGGACUUGUCAGAUGUUUUCUCCGACAAGUCCUGUUUUAUGAUUUAUCUGACAGUUCACAUAAUAACAGUGCUUCGCAGUCAAUCAAAAACAAUGAAAGUUGCCAGAUCUGACUUGUAAGAUAACAAAUAUUGAUGGAACGUUCCCAAUGUUGAUAAAAUGCUCCCUAUUUUAAGUAAUAUAUAUACCACUGAGAUAAUUCAAGAACUUGUCAAUCAAUGCUUGAAUGUGUAGGAUUUGCUAGUCAUCAAUCCGCAAGCAAAGGGAACAUGCUCUUUCAAAAUCAUCCAAUUUUCAAAAAAAAAUCAAAGAUGUGCUUACUAUUGUUUUAUUUACAAUGAAUCUAAUUCUAACCUACAUGCACAUUUAACUUUUCCAUGAAUAUGUCUUGUGAUGUCUUUAAAAAUAUUUAUACUCCACCUCUAUUUGAGCCAUUUUUAGAAAGGGAAAUAUUGAGGUAUCUUACACAUAAACAGCUUUCUUUAUCCACUAACGUUCUGUCAGAAAAUUAGUUCAUAUUCUAUAUCUACCUUGAUGCAAAUAAGAUGACAAGAUAAAACCAGGAUAUAAUGUUGGUGAACAGUUUGGUAAUGGAGCAGUACUGGCUCUAGAGAAUUUCCUUGUUUGAGGUGGCAGGUAUGUCUUCCAUAUCGCUGUAGGUGUGGCAAGAGCUGUAGUACUUGCUGUAUAAUUAUGAACCAAACACGUAAUGCAGCUGUUCAUAGAGGUAUGCAUUCUAUAAAAACCAUAAAUUCCACUUGUGUUUUGUUAUUGUGAUAAAAAAGGGCAGCAUUACAGAAAUACUUCAUGAAUUUUGAUCCAUAGUAAUAAUCUUUUUGAGUACUGACUUAUCUGGUGGAGUAUGAUACUACAACAAGACCUUGGAUUAAUGUUAUCUGUAUGAUUUCUUUUAAACUAGCAGUUGUUAUAAGCUACUGAAAUCCUUGCCUUUCAUUGGCUGAGAGCAGACUUGUUGAUUAAAAUCACAGACAAUACACUCCAUGGGAUGGGGUCCUCUAUCUGGUGUCUUCUAAAAUAUGUAUAUUUUGUUCACUUAACGUGUGUACCAAUCAACAACAAGGUGUAAAAGAUGGUACAUGAUGUUCAUCUCAUCAUACGUGUAAAGCAUCCUGUAUUAUAGUCAAUUCAGUUUCUUUUGAUAAUCAAUAAAGUAUUGAAUGCUUUGACAU